AGCUACCCUCCGCGCGCGCGUUACGGUACACGUAUGUGUGUGUGGGUGCGUGUAACGUCGUACAGCCGCCCCCGGGGGUUUCCCUUCUUCAUUACCCGUCGCGUACAGCCGAGCAACCCCGCGCUGCGCUCGACAGCUCAGUUGUCCAACGCCGCGACGACGACACGGUUGCGCCACGACGGGCGGACACACACAGGAGCCUCACUUGCUCUCUCACCGGGACCAUCCCUCGAGGCGACCUACCCUACUUGCCAGCCUAUCCGCCUACGUAUCUUACGCCGUCGGCCUCCACCGUCCACGUUUCUUCGAGCACGAAGUCGCGGUCGGGUGUUAAUCGCGACGGGAGUUUAUCGCGCGCGUCGGCGAUCCGUCGCCGGUCGUACGUUCAAGACACUCUAAGAAAUCGCAAGAGCGAACACCGGACCAGCUACAGCUAGUAGAUACACGCGACAAUCGAGUUAAACUCGGCUCACCGACGGAGGAUGACAAUCACGCAGGUAGAGACAACAGUGUCCAGGAUGCGGCCGACGCGUGUGAUGGAGUAGUAACGUACGCGAGACGCAUGCCAGUUGGCACGUCCAAGAGGUCUGACAAACCUCGCCGGAUUCGUUCACCAACCGGUUGCUCGCUUGGCACCUUUUCCUGAGACACGACCACCGAGUCUCCGCUACAACGGUCAAUAUCACCUACAAUUGGACACGGCUGGAGGAAGAACGAGUUGCCGCCGGUAGUCCUCGAAACUCAAUCCCUUUUCGAGUGGAGAAAUGAAAGGAGACGAUUUCGCGGAGCGACUAGCUCGGACUCGCACGCGCUUCCCUAAAUGAAGCCUAACCACGCGCGACUUCCCCUGCACGUGUCGUCCAGUGUUCGCUUCUGGAACGGAGUUCCGGCUCACUACGUCGGAGACGUCCUGGAAGAUCGGCGUAUGCGCGCGCGGAGCAGUGUCGUGACGAGCAAUAGACAGAGCAAUUGGUACCUGAGCACAACGAAACAUUUAUGGUAACGGAAGUGGAGGAGGAAGACGCAAGAGUAAGUAAGGAUCACACACCGAGUGUCCUGACAAAAGCGAGAAACGCGUAUAAGACCCUUGCGGCAGAAGCGCGUCGCGUUCACCUUGCCGACGGUCAGCGAACGUCGACUGUCACGUUUUUCGAGGAGGUAGUUUCUAGCAAUACGUCACGCUAUUGCAACGAGAAAAGAGGAAAAUUUAGACGCGAAUUGUAUUAACUAUCGACACGCUCGCAGGUAUCGGUUCAUUGAAGAAUUCUAACUUUCAUGAGGAUUCACAAGGAGAACGCUUAGAGCCAGAGAUACACGUUUCCACGUCUCUUCCUCGCGUCGGUCACACACGUCCAACGGCCUUAGAACGAACAUUUUGUAAUCCGGUGAAACGCCAGCACGAUAAUCAUCGUCGAACGGCGAGCGUAAUGUCAGGGCCUAUCAGAUCCGAGAAUUCUGCUCGGUCAGUUUCUCCGAUUUCGCGUGGGAUUCCGUCGAGAACAGUGCCGACGGCCUCGUAAGCCCACAGUCGGAAAUUUCUCCAGUAUCCUCUGCGGUCUUCGCGCUCACGGAACACUAAUCGGUAAUCCCCGAGACGUACAACGACACACACGAUCGAGUUCCUAAGCGUCGGGAGAGAGAAGUCUUCCGAGCACGAAACAGAACAACGAUCAAAUCCAAGAGACUUGCUCUUUGCGCAAGUAGACGUAAGCUCGCGCCGUCGAAUGCGCGACUCGACGUCAGGUGGUAGCCCCGACACGGCUGAGAAUCCACUUUCAACCACCUUGAUCUACUCAGGACGCAUCUGUCGCUAAGCUGUCGCGGUGUGAGGAUCCAAGAUCGGCUGAGGAUCGCUUCGUACCUGUUCGCGCUCGAGGAUGUCGCACGUUUGAGCCCGCCAGCCCAAGGACACACACGGUGGAAGAUGCCGCAGCAACAGCAGCGAUCGGCCUUCGCGAUUCAGGAGCUGCUGGGCCUCGAUGGCACCGGUAACAGAAGCGGUACCGAUCGCGGCUCCCCGCAGGGCUCGCCGCCCGCCGGGGUGUCGGCCGUCUCGUACGCGCCGGCGGCGCCCCAUCACUCCAAAUUAUGGGAGUACAUGCCCAGCCUGAAUCAUCUCGGCAAUCUCGGCAAUCUGGGGAAUCUGGGGAAUCUGGGCAAUCUUACGGCCUCGCGGAUGGCCUACCUGAACGCGCAGGCGGCCGUGGCGGCCGCCUUUCUACCGCCGCCCCAUCCCCACCCGGCGCACCACGUACCGCAUCAUCAGGUACAUCAACCGGGCCAACUUCCGGCAUCGCCACCCGGCGUCAACCUGCAUCCCGCGGCACAUGCGCAGCACGUACUUCCGGGCACGGCAGUCACCACGAAUCAUCAUCAGCACAGCCCGACUCAACACACGCCGCCUCAUGGAUUUUCGCAGUCGAAAGGAUCAUUCUCGAACACGAGUCCCGGUGUCGGGCACAACAUAGAGUCGGGCAAGGACUUCACGGUGGACGGGCUCUCGGGUUUCAGCAAAAAGAAGAAGAAGAAACGCCGUCAUAGCUCCAGGACGAUCUUCACGUCACAACAGCUGGAGGAGCUGGAGGCAGCCUUCAAAGAGGCCCAUUACCCGGACGUCUACGCCCGCGAGAUGCUGAGUCUGAGGACCGAUCUACCCGAGGACAGGAUACAGGUGUGGUUUCAAAAUCGGAGAGCAAAGUGGCGCAAGACGGAGAAGUGUUGGGGCAGAAGUACCAUAAUGGCCGAGUAUGGUCUAUAUGGGGCAAUGGUCCGACAUUCCCUGCCACUUCCGGAAACCAUUUUAAGAAGUGCCAAGGAGAACGAGUCCGUUGCACCGUGGCUGCUAGCUCAAUCAUCUAAGACAAGCGGCUUUAACCAAGAUUUCGAAAAUAAUCAAGAACUGAUUGACUGUGGACCCGUAGGGAUGCAUCGGAAGUCGCUCGAGGCGGCGGAGCAUCUCAAAUCCGGCGGAGAGGACAGCGGCAACGACCAUAACGGAAGCGGAAACAGCCCCCAUCAUAAUCAUCACCAAGGAGGACCAACCAGCUCGGAGAGCGGACAGGAGAGUCAGGAUGGUAUGGGACCUUCGUCGUCCACGAGCGUUGUGCAAGAUACGGAGCAGCUGAGAAACGAGAGUAUCGCUUGCCUGAGGGCGAAAGCGCAGCAGCAUCAAUUGCAACUGAGCCUGCAACCGACGUCGGCGCCGCCGAGUGGCUCGUACCCGUCGGCGCCGCAAUCCAGCACGCUGCAUGCCUCGGUUUAAUCGCGAUCGCGCCAAUUCCGCAUACUUAAUGACUGACUCCGCGUCCGAUAUUUUUCUUUUUCGCCGCUGGCGCGUGGAGGUGGCACACGUCGUCCUGCCGAUCCGGGAUGGCCGAACCGAAGAUUCUCGCGAGAAUCUCGAUAGAUUGUCGCGGAUAAAUCGGCAGCACCGAUCUCGAUAUCAGUGAUAUUUUUUUAAUGGGUAUCCUCACGGCGAGGACGGGUCGUGCCGAGGCUCUAAGAUCUCUCUGUGGUGUUGCUGGAGAUUAGCUCCCGAUUACUCCCUCUAUCCCCAAUAUUGACAUUCUCCUCCGGUUCCAAAUUCUAUUCGCAGCCACCGCGAUCAAAGAUACAGCUGGUCGAGAGAGAUUGGUCUCAGAAGGGAAUUAUUCGAGAUCUUUGUCGCUCUUGAUUUGUCUCCGCUGGCUGAUGCGCUAAUCAGAACUCGCUCGUGGCGGGUUUCUCACUCGCAACGCGUAAACGACACGAGAUAAACGAAAGUGGAACAUUGAGGAAGUAAUCCGGAAUCAAUCCCACGCCCCCACGAGACUUCGCCGGUGAGGAGCGGUCUCGUCCUCGAUGUCCACGUUCCUCUGACGCGUUUCUGCGGAUGCAGCCUGGAUCGUGGAGAUCGUGGACGCGUGUACACACACAUGCACACGAACACAACGAAGCGUGAACGAAUCUUCAAUCGAUCGAGCGUCCGUCUUGCAUUAGCCGCGUUACGUGUCUCGCGCGUCGAUCAAGUCAGGCCUGCGAUGUAUGGACUCAGAUUCGUGCAAAUCAAUCCUUCGCAACGACUUGACGAAUUGUAUGUAUAAUGACGAACGAUAACGCUUUAACAGUAUCCGUGAGGCGUUUCAGAAUGAGAGAUAUGCGAGACAAGGCGAAACAAAACGCCGGGCAGAACGAGCGAACGCCGCGGGAACGGAACAAUGAAACUAAUUGUUAAGCUUAAUCCUCAUCAACGAAGCAGUAGCCUACCAACGACCGGUGCAACGUACAAUGAAGAAUCAUCGAUCGCUGUAGCGGAUGAAGCCGUCGUCGACGACUACACGAGUGCGCGCGUCCUCGUAGAAGAAGAAUUUCUCCCCGAGGAAGGUCGUCGGCGAAGGACGAGGCGUAAUUACUCGGUUCGGUCGAUAAGUCGAACAGAUUGACGGAUGAAGAGCAAACGAAAAUACCUAAUUAGAAGCUACAAUCGCUUUUAAUAGCGCGAUGAUGCGUGUGAGUGUGUGGGUGUGACUGUGAGUGUGUGGGUGUGUAUGCGUGUACAUGAAUGAUAUGUAUUAGUGCGUGUGUAUGCGCGUACUGAGAGAGCGGAGCGUGACAGGAACAAUCGAAGACAUCGCCUUCCAAGCGCACACCUGCAACGAACGUUGAGCAACGCAGAGGGUGAGAGAAAUAGAAAGCGAGAAAUCGCGGGAUAUUUAGCGAGGUAAACGGAUCAUAUAGACACACAUCGAAGAAACGAGGUCAAAGACUUCUACUAUACAUACAUAAAAAGCGCCCCUAUAUAAGACUUACAAGUUUAAGGCAAUACGCAAGCAUCGAAAGCUGAUUCGACCGCUAAAUCUGCGUGUGUGUGUGUGUGUGUGUGUGUGUGUGUGUGUGUGCGUGCGUGUGUGUGUGUGUGUGAGAAAGAGAGCCAGAGAGAGAAAUAGCGUGUAUAUGUGUGUAUGUAAGUGCAUAUGCCAAAAAAAAAGAGAGAGAGAGAAAGGCAAAAACAAAUUGAGAGAGAGGGGGGGAGCAUGCGAGUCAAAGAUUUAUUAGCGAAGACUUCCUAUAUCCAAGUACUUAAAGAGAAACGUAACUGUUGUCAAAUGUGCAAUAUAUCGAUAUAAGUUCUAGCUCGGUAAGAUAUACUUUACUAACAGAUACGUUCUACGCGAGGCGGCCGCGACGACGACGGCGUCUCGUCAGGCGCGAUUGUCAUAAGAACGAAUCUACGCGACCACCUCGUGAGAGCUUCGCCCCUCGCCGGUCUAAUUCCCUUUUAAUCCUCCCCAUUACCGUCGCGAGUGAACUCGCGUUAUUACCGCGUUGCGCCGCCGUCUCGGCGCCCGCCCGCUGUAUAUAAAUAUAUAUAUAAAUAAAACAGAAUAUAAAUGAGAUAUAAAUAAAUAUAUAUAUAUAUAUAUAUAUGUACGAAUAUAUAUAAAGAGAGAAAAACAAAAGACGAUAUUAAAAUAAAAUGUGGUUGCGGGAUACACCGAGCUGGACGAGGUCCUUCGCGAGUUUGCGAGAUCCUCUAACAAGAGGGACGAUGGAACGACAAGUGUUUGCGUUAUUGUAGUGUUUUCGAGAGAACCAUCACAUUGUGUAUUUCGUGUCGCGUUUUUGUCACCAUCGAGAUCUCCGCGGAAAUUUACGAGCGAGAGUGAAGCCUAAGUUGUUUGGCGCGACAUUUGUAACUCGAUGACUUUUUUCUACUAAAUGCGUAGCGUUACUUACCUAACCUAAAGCACUCCGUCGCCGGAAAUUCUUUGGCUCGACGUAAAGUUUAUCGUCCUAACUUCUUCUCUGGUCGUUCGUUCGUUUUAAAACGCGACUGUAUAAAUGUCACCGAGCGGAGCAGUUAAAAAACCAUUAGCGGGCGAAAGAACUUGGUCAACUCCCGGUAUGUAGGCGGUCCAUUGAAAAACUAUUAGAAAGUUCAUUUGGGAAUUUAAUUAGCGAUAUCGCUCUGUCAACACUUGAGAGACAUACUUACGAGAGACGCGUACUUACGAUGUAUGAAUUUCCGUGAAACAGGACGACUGGGACGGGGAAUCGUUGGAUUUUCGCUUAUUUUCGAAUAUCUCCGCGGAAAUCACGGAUUAAUGAUCGAACAAAGCGUCUGGCUUCGAGAGAUCCACCAAGUUAUACGUAACGUAACGCACUAUUAUUUAAAAAGAUUCGAUCAUGGAGAACGCGAAUGGUAACCACACGUUUCACAGACAAGAGAAUGUAGAGAGAAAGUGUGUGUGUGUGUGUGUGUGUGUGUGUGUGAGAGAGAGAGAAAAAGAGAAAGAAAGAACAAGUCAGGAGUAACGAAGUGGACACUGCUGUUAUUGUGAAGAUACUUAACGAUAGGCUUUGGAUCAGCGAUCGCUCUGUAUCCGAACGCCCCAACGCAUGCAUAGUAGUCGACUAGUAUACGUAAUAAAUAAAG